AUGGCAGAAUCGAACAAUGAAUUUGUUAAUGGAGAAAACGUCAAUGGCAAUGGGAAUGCUCGGGCAGCAGAAGAGUGGAUCGAAGAUCUGCCUGCGCAGUCCAUCACCACGUGGAAGGAGCUUGGGGAAGCCUUCCUUAUGCGGUUUUUCCCACCCACAAAGGUGUGUGAUUUGAGGGAUGACAUCACAGGGUUUAGACAGUAUCCAGAGGCUUAUGAGACACUUGAGAGAAUAAGCCAGAACAGUUGCCAAUGGCCAGAACAGAGAGAUGAAGCUCCAAAGAAGGCAGUUGGACUUUAUGAGGUGAGUGAAGUCACUUCCAUGGCAGCUGAGAUGGCAGCAUUGCAUAACACUGUCAAAGUUUUAGUCAAGCAAAUGGCCGAAACCAAACAGCAACCACCUGCCCAAGUAGCUGCAGCCACACCAAUCUGCUCACUUUGUUAUGGUUCCCAUUUGUUUGAGGAGUGCCCAAGAAACCCUUCUUCAGCCUUCUAUGUUGAUGACUACAAUAGAAACUACAAUAAUAGAGGGAAUUACAACCAAGGGCAGCAAUCUUAUCAGCCAAAAGAUCCUUUUCCACCUAGUUUUGACUCACAAAAUCCUAGAGAUCAACAAAGGCAAUCAAAUGCAAAAAAUCAACCUCCUCCAAAUGACCAGUGGUCAAAUCGAAUGUUGCAAAAUCAUGAGGUCAUGCUUCAAAGUCAUGGAGCAAUUUUAAAGAGCUUAGAGACACAAAUGGGGCAGAUUGCAUCUUCCCUUAGCAAUAGACCAGUGGGGACUUUUCCUAGUGAUACUGAAGCACCAAGGAGAGAUGGAAAGGAGUUUUGUAAAGCUCUCUAUUUGAGAAAUGGAAGAGAGAAAAAAAAUGUUCAACCAAUUGAAAAGGAAGAGCCUACUGUAAUUGAAGUGCAAGAUUCAGAAAGCGACAAGGAGCAAGGCAAGGCAGAUUCCAUUUCCACAAAGGUUCCAAAAACAAAACCAGGAGCAGCACUUCAAGAGGUUCUUAGACAUCCUCAAGCAACUCCAGAUCAACAUUCCAUUUGUGGAGGCCCUUCAAAACAUGCCAAGCUACAUCAAAUUUAUGAAGGCAUCCUAUCUAGUAAGAGGAGAAUAGAGGAGUUUGAGACAGUGGCACUUACUAAAGAAUGCAGCAGCAUCCUCUCCAGCAAAGUACCUCCUAAGUUGGAGGAUCCAGGUUUCUUUACGAUUCCUUGUAUUAUAGGGGAUAGGAAUAUUGGUAGAGCUUUAUGUGAUUUAGGCUGUAGCAUUAAUUUGAUGCAUGCUUCCAUUUUUAAGCAACUAGAAAUAAAAUCUUCCCCCACCACAUUAACUCUCCAACUAGCUGAUAGGUCUAUUGUAUACCCUGAAGGAAAAGUUGAAAAUAUUUUGGUAAAGGUGGAAAUAUUUAUUUUUCUUGCUGACUUCAUAAUCCUUGAUUGUGAAGUUGAUGAAAACAUUCCUAUUAUAGUAGGAAGACCAUUUUUAGCUAUAGGGGGUGCAAUGAUAGAUGUUAAAAAAGGAGAGUUAACAAUAAGGGCAAAUGAUGGCACUAUGAUCUUUAGUGUUUUUAAAGCCAUGAGAUUUGUGGAUGAUGAAGUUGAUGAUUGUUCUGCUAUAACUAUCAUUAAUCACUUGGUUGCUGCCCAUGUUCAAGAAAAUCUUGAAAUUAGUGAAUCUGCUAUUUUCGAAAUUAAUGAGAAUGCUGCAUCUGAACAUGAUCAAACAUGUGCAUUCACGUCUUAUCCUACUAAGUUCUUUGGUGAUAAACAUUUUGAGUCCCUUGAACUUCAUGAAAGAAUCACUAAACCUCUUAAACCAUCCAUUGUGGAACCACCUGGCGUGGAGUUGAAACAACUCCCAACCCACCUCAAAUAUGCUUUUCUGGGAAGAGAUAACACCCUCCCAAUAAUUGUUGCAUCUGCCCUCAAAAGCAAUGAGGAAAAUCAGCUGCUAAAUGUGCUUAAAAAUCACAAGAGAUCCAUUGGUUGGACCAUGGCUGAUAUUAGAGGCAUUAAUUAG